AUGGACUCGCCCCUUUCAACCGCUCUCGUCAGCCUCAAAUCCGUCGCCGUCGUGCUCGUCUACCUCGUGUUCGUCUUCGAAUCCGUCGUCGUCUUCCAAUUCUCCCGGGUGGCCGUCUUGGCCGACUAUCUGCGUCCGUUCCAGAGAGGCAUCUUCACGGCUCUUCUCAUUUCCCUCUGGCUCUAUGUCACUUGCCACGUCGCCUUUAUCUCCGAAGAGUUUGCUCAUCGUACUCUGGCCGUUUGGAACUUGAACGAGACGGGUCGCUCGCAUGUUCUGGAGGCGGUUGAAAUGGUCGAAAUCAACGUGGAUUAUGUGAUCGACAUCGCGCAGUUUCUUCUGAUCUUUGGUGAGUUAGAUGCUUUUUUCUUCGAUGCUCGCCCACGUCUUCAGAAUGCCGCUUCGGGAAGGACCAGUCAUUCAAAAGUCGGUUCGUCCGAAUCUUCCUCGCCGUUUGCGGUUUCGUUCUUGUCUCCCUCUCCCUUCUUUCCACCCAACUCCGCCGGAAUUUUUUCGAUUCCAUCUUGCUCCACGAGCUGCAUAACCUGGCCUUCGUGGCUUUCAAUCUCGCGGUAAGUCCCAUCCACUUCGCAAGGAUCGCAUCCCACCACUUUCAGUUCAACUACUAUGUGUGUUGGCGGAUGGAGAGGAAUUACAACAGAACCGUCGGCGUCGCGAGACUCUCAAAACGCUUCCAGGUGAGAAUUAUACCCACCACCAGUAGCAAUUAGCAAUGCAAUACAAAUAUUUUUCAGUUUUCGGACGCGUUGGAAUUCAGUGGCGCGAUGAGCGUCAUCCUCACCUAUCGGCUCUUCUCUCACGGGCUCUCCGCUCUCUACUACGCUUUAGAUCACAAUCUGGCGUAUGGAGGCAUCAACACUUAUCUGUUAGGACCAUUCAAAGUGCUCGAAGGUGUCGUCGUUCCCGCGGCAAUUUAUCUCAAACACAAGCACAUUCGUCGAGCCUACGAUCGAAUCGUUAGAGGGGCGGAUAGGAAGGCGAGCGGGAUUGCGAAUAGAUCCGGAGAGGAGAUUCCAUUGUGCCACACUUCCGACGAUCACAUUCUCAAUCUGGAAAAGCAGUGGAAGCUGAUGAACGUAUGGAACAAGAGUCGCUAUCAACUCUUCAAAGAGUAUUUCUUCAAAGCAAACAGAGAAGAACGCAAUAAUCACAUCUCUUUAGUGCUUCUCGAGCGAUAGGCUCAAUGAGCAAGUGCUUCGUAUCUCCUACCCCCAAUCACUAUCAUCCCAACUCUUCCUUAACCUACCGUACCUCAUUUCUAUCAUCUGUCAAUGCCCUCCUCGAUUCAUUCAUUAAAUGCACUUUUAACUUAUAAUGUACUCUAUUCUCAGUAAACGUUGCUUCAAAUAGCAUCAAUGACAAAUUGUAAGCUUUUCCUCUCUAAUGAGGACUACGUUUGACAAUGAUAGUAGUCAUGAUUCAGAGAUCGAACAUAUUCUGCAGCCACAACUAAACUAGACACUUUUCUGUUCCCCCACAGAUGGAAUGUCCGAUGUUCAUGUGAAAAGCAUACGUAAAGUGCACAUAUUCUUUUCGUUGCAGAGACGGGUUGCAAGGAGGAAAAGGGCAACGACCACGAACUAAACCGGGUGUUCAUCAACAGACAGAGUGUAAGAACUGAAUAAAUGGGUGGAAGAGAACGGUAUAAAAACUGUGGUUUUGCAAAAAGAGAGAGAGUUCGUAGAAUGAUUCUGAUCAUAUUCUUCACUUUGCUGACAUGGUACCUCAUCGACCAUUUCCAAAGGAUCGCUCGUCUCCCACCUGGACCACUUCCUCUUCCGAUUGUUGGAAACUUUCAUCAAAUAGUCUAUCACUCAUGGAAGCUCAAGGGGACCGUACCAAUGCUGAAUCACUUCAGGAAGGUACGUUGUGAAUGUUCAGAUAAUAAACUUCUUUCCUCCCACAAAUCCCUUGACAUCAUCUACUUCUAUUCCCAAACCUCCAGAACUCCAAUUCCUUCUGAAGUACCCCAAGGACCAGUCUCCGGUCCCCUUCUCUUCCUAGUAUUCCUUAAUGACCUUCUGAACAUCCUUCCCCUCGAUGUUCACUUCGCAGUCUUUGCUGAUGCCAAUAAGAUCUCUUAAAUUCGAGCUCCACAUCAAUCACAAAGUCGUCUCUCUCCUUCGUGCGAAUCAGCUCAACAAAUCCUUCCACUCAUCUAAUCCGAAACUUACAUUCUCCCCAUUCUCGAGUACUGCGCACCUAUCUUCUCUCCUCCUCCCGCAUCCAAACCACCAUUACCCCCGUCUAAUCUUGCCCCCCUCUCCCUUUAAUUUCAUCUUGCCAUAACUCUUAUCCAUCGUCUUUCUCAGUCUUUGUCUGUUUAUUGUUAACCUCUUAACUCCAAAAUAAACGAAUACACACUCCAAUAUCUUAGUUGUGAUUUCAGAAGUACGGAGAUGUGUUCACACUGUGGUUCGGUCCGAAACCGCACAUUAGUAUUGUCAGGCAGGAUGCCAUUCAGGAAACGUUCGUCAAACGGAAGCAAGUACGCCGACCGAUUCCUCCCGCCAAUCUUCGUCGCGGUCGCAAGUAAGCUCACAGGUUUUGCGGGUCUCAGAUUAGUCGCUCGCAAUUUCCAGAAGGCCUCGGCUUGAUAAACUCUAAUGGUGCUCACUGGCAGGAGAUGCGCAGGUUCACUCAUCUCACACUUCGAAAUAUGGGAGUGGGAAAAGAUGUGAUCGAACAGAGGAUAAUGGUGGAGUUCAACGAAAGAUGCAGAGAAGAACUGGACGAGAACGCGGUCGAUGGGGUUACGGUAGCCAACAGUUCCGAGUUCUUUGAUCUUUCCGUUGGGAGUGUGAUCAACAGUAUUCUGAUUGGGAAACGGUUUGAUAAGGUGGGCAGGAAUUCUUUUAUUCUUUCGAAAUAUGCACUUUAGGAGAGCAAGUCAGAGUUUCUGAAGAUUAAAUCUUUUCUGGACCACGGGAACGACCACUUGACAGCUUUUGACCUCAUUGCUCCAGUUUGGCUUUCCAAGCACCUCUCAAAUCGUUACAACAAAAUUAUGGAUGCAAAAGGAGCGGCCAGAGAGUAUGUCUCGAGAGAAGCUGUGGAAAGGUGCGUUGAGAAGGUAUCGUGACUGUUUUUUCUGAGAUUUUCUGCUUCAGAAUAGCUCAGGUCAAAUCUGGCGAAUAUCUUAUCGAUUCUGAGAACCCGCAGGAUCUGGCGGAUGCUUACAUUUCUAGAAUGACGACUGAUCCCAAUACAUACACGUACAUAAGUUACUCUAUAAAUACACACAAUCGACAGCGUUCUAUUUCAGUGUCGCGGCUCUACAGCAACUUCUCUACGACCUUUGGAUUGCGGGUCAAGAUACCACCUCCAAAACUCUGGUCUCUGGAUUCCAUCACCUCGUCCGAAACCCUCACAUCCAGACGGAAGUCCGUGCGGAACUCCUGAAAGUGACCGGAAACGGAGCUCGGUGCCUUUCCCUCAAAGACCGCCACAACACGCCACUUCUGAUUGCCACGUUGGCGGAAAUCCAACGGCACGCCUCAAUUAUCAACUUGAAUCUCUGGCGUUACAAUCAUGAGUCAUCGACGGUUGCGGGGCUUCCGAUGGACGCGGGAAGCCUCGUGACUGCUCAGCUCAGUGCGAUCCACUGUCACGAUGGAAUAUUCGAGAACCCGGAACAGUUUGACCCGUCGAGAUUUAUAAAAGAUGAAAAACUGAUCAACCAGGUGAUUCCAUUUGGUAUCGGGAAAAGAUCUUGUGUUGGAGAGAAUCUCGCCCGAGCGGAACUUUAUUUGGUGAGAACGGAAAGAAGGAACCAACUGAAAAGCUAUUGUAGAUGGUCGGAAAUCUCCUUCUCCGGUACAAGGUCAGAGCUCAUCAUCGGCUGCCAAAUGUUAUUGAUCACACGCCCUUCGGCGCUGGCAAAGCGCCGGAGAGAAAUGUCCAAUUGAAGUUUGUCAAGCUGAUCAAGAGCCACAAUUGA